UUAAGUAGGCUAUUCAGAAAGGCUAACGGAAAUCACACCAAUAAGGGUUCUAUCGGGACCACCGCAAAAUGAAUAUACACCAUAGUUGUGAGGAUGACUGUGAAGAAAAUCAACCAAUCUCCAUGGUUGUAUACCCUCUAAUUGAGGCAUUUGGCCGCGCGCCAACUGGACCAGAGGAGGUAUGGAAAUAUUUUCAUGAACCAAAGAUUUGGUCCAAGCUCGAGGUCUGGCUGGAUAUUCCUGAGCCGGGAGAGCCUGAGAAGAAGAAACCCUUGUCUCCCAACGGGUGCACUCCUCAAAGUUUGAACCGCCGAAACAGCUAGGUGCAAGGUUACUGAAAGACCUGGAGUCCACUACUCUGUUAGAGCUUGUUAAACCUUACAUAGAUGAAUUUUCAAACAAAAUAAAGCCUUUAGUAGAAGGGUUACUCAAGGAAAUAAUGCAACUUGAGGACAAAUGCGACGAGAAGGAUUUGUCUAUUAGGUUAUGGCAGGCCAAAGCAGAGGAUAUGCAAGAGGAAAGAGAUCAAUGGAGCAUUCAGAAGGAAGCUAUGUCGCUGGAAAUAAAGCACCUCGGAUCCAAGUUAGUCCUCAGGGACAUGGGGCAAAAGGGUAAUGAUACCUAAUUAGAGAGGAUAAAGAGGAAAUGAGAAAUUUGGCGAGAGAAGUACGAAUGUAUAGAAUAUAUGUACGAACAUUCAGCGAGACAUUGAAAAAUACCAGCCAGAAGAGCCUCAGCCAAAAUGAAAC